AUGGCGGCCAACAUGGCUUGCGGUAGUGGUUCUGAGGCUGAGGCAUCGGGUCUUUUCAACACGCUCCAAACCCAUGUGAACGAUAUUCGAAACCUAAUACAGUGCGGCAUCUGUAUCCGACCUCUCUACGAGCCCUACACCCUAGCCUGUGGACACACCUUCUGCUAUUCUUGUCUCUCAUCAUGGUUCUCCGGUGGUAGGUCGAAGAGGACAUGUCCUGACUGUCGAGCGCCUGUCAAAAACCAACCUGCGCCGGCAUAUCUGGUUAGAGCAGUCGUCCACAUGUUUACGAGUCGCGCGGAGCUCUUGGACAAGGGGGAGACUACCGCCGAGCAUUCGAAAUACCAACAAGAAGAGGCGGGUCGAUUAGACAAGGACAAGGCAAAUACGGAUCCACAGAAGGGUGGCUUGUUUGGAGGACUGUUCAACCCAAAAGCCCCUUCAUUGAAACCGGUUGUCGAUGUGGAUGAUGGGGUCGUUCGAUGUCCAACCUGUGCCUGGGAACUUGAGGAUGGCGAAGAAUGCCUCAGCUGCGGCUGGCGUUAUCGCCCAGACGAUGAAAGGACAGACUAUAGUGGCGAGGACGACAUCAGUGAAACCGACUACGACUCUAUAUAUGACGGAGAAGAUUUAGACGAGGUUGAAUUCGGAGGUGUUGAUGCCGAGGACAUGUUCAACCAAUUUGGAUCGUUCGGCGCACCGCCGUAUCGAUAUGCAGACCCUAACAUCGCCGUUGUUUCGGCAAUUAACCAAGCGAUGAAUGGAUUGUGGCAUCCAAAUCACCCGCAAGCAUGGCGCCCUCGUCCUCACCCACACCCUCAAUUUCACCCACACCCUCGCCCUCACUCUCAUCCUCACCCGGCGCAAAUGUUCCACUCCGAGGUGAGUGAGGGAGACGAGGAAGACGAGGAAGACGAAGAAGACGAAUACGAUGACAUGGACUCGUUUAUUGACGACGACGAAGUUCGCCCGGAUAGGGAAGAUGAUGCGGAGUCCGAUGGCGUCACAGUGGUUGGCAGUGCUCCUAUUCGGAACCGAGCUUUGCCGUCAUGGGGCCCGCCGCGUUAUAGCGACGUCUCAUAUGCUCCCAUUUCGGAAGACGAAGAGGAAGGCAGCGAGGUCUAUGAGGAAGAAGAUAGCUUUGCAGAAGCCAGGCAACCCUGGGAGGUCUCCUCUCCUUCCUCUCACAGUCCUUCCUUUGAAAGACCAUCCAACAGAGGAGGGGCAGGCAGCGGCCCUGUAUUCCAUGACACGCGAUCAUCUCCGAUGGUUUCCGAGGCCGAAACAAACGAUGCAGUGGAUCCUGAAAUGGCCCAUGCUCAUCGUUAUUACGAGGAAGGUUUCUACCCUACCGAUCAUGACAGUGGACAAGAGAGCGACAGCUCUGCUCCAAGACCUAUGAGGCCCGUCAGGACCACUGGCAUUUCUGCCGUCAAUGCAAUCACCAUUGAUGAUUCUGAAGAUGAACAACCAGUCGGGCCAGUGAGGAGAGCAACACAGCGCCGCCGUGCCCGAGCGACUCCUUACUGA